AGCCCAGACAGGGGAAGCAGGUGGCCCCACGUAGCUGAGCGAAUCAGAGCGGCUGGAGUCUAGGACCUGCGCCUUUUGACCACCGCGAGCGCUCGCCUCUCAGGCCGUCCUUUCUCUCCUCUUCUCCCCUAGCUCGGCGCAUGGCGUCCCAGGGUCAUCGGCGGAGGCCGCCGCGGAGACCGGAGACGGUGGUGCGGGGGGAGGCGGCCGAGACAGACUCGGAGCUCUCUGCGUGCUCCUCGGAGGAGGAGCUGUACCUGGGUCCUUCGGGCCCGACGCGCGGACGCCCCACGGGGCUGCGGGUGGCCGGGGAGGCCGCGGAGACUGACUCGGACUCGGAGCCGGAGCCGACGGCCGCGCCAAGGGACCUGCCUCCUCUCGUGGUGCAGCGGGAAUCGGUCGGGGAGGCCUGGGGCACGGAGGAGGCCCCGGCAUCCAUCGUGGCUGGCUGCCGCCUGCUGCCGGACAUCCGUGGUGUGCCGGGGACCGAACCCGAGCAAGACCCGGGACCGCGGGCCUAGCAAUGACUCUACACCUCCACCUGACUCUGCCUGUUUCGAGUAGGCCUUGCCGCCUCUGGGACCUGGCUCUGUCCAAUGUGCACAUUAUCACUCCUACCCCCAUCUUGCUGUCACCCUCGGGGUUAACCUCGCUUCUCUGGAUAGUAUUCUGUGUUGGGCAUGGGUUCAUUCCUUGUUGUGGAGACCAGUUUCCCCCUCCCCUUAGAUCUGAUUCCUUCCCCUAGGCCUGCCCCUGCCCCUGGGCCUUGGCAUUGGGGCCUGGCCCAGCCUGCUGAUUCUGAGCCUGACCCAGGAGAUUGGCUCCAGUCCCUGGAGAAUAGCUGCUCCUUGAUGAUUCCACCCGGGCCUCACUGGGCCCCGCGUUUCCUUGAGCUCUGCCUCUCUGAGUGUGGUUUCUGCUCACAGGGGCGUGUCCUGGUUCUUCCCACAGGAACCCCAGGAUCUGGCACAAAUUUCCUGGCAUCUUCCUUCACUUCUUGGUCCUAGGACCUCUGGUCCUAGUUGCACCUUAGGAUUUCCCCCCCCCCUAGACUGGGUCCUUUUUCUGCUCCCCGGGCUUGGCCCUGGUUCACCUCCUGGUUCAAGUUCUUGCUGUGCCAUCUCCUGGCUCUUCCUCCUUGAGCUUAGCGCCCUCCCCUCAGCCUGAUCUUGUUUCCUGCAGCUAUACCCUUAGCUGUAUGGACCCAUCCUGCUUAUACUGCCUACCCUGGGCUCUGGCGACUCCCUAUAUUUCCUUCCUCAGGCCCAAAAUGAUGCCCCCUCCUGACCCAAGGGGGUCUUCCUCCUGACUCUCCAGGCCAAGAUGAUGCUCCCUCUCAACUCUCCACGCGAAGGUGGCACCCCCCCCACCCCCCCUGACUCUCCAGACCUUAGGUGAUGUCCUUCAGGCACUUAGGGCCUAAUUCAGCCCUGCCCUGGUGCUUCGCAAUGCGACACCACUUGGCAGAUAAGAGCCAUCUUCAGGGUGUUCACUGUUGAUUCCUGGGCGCUAAAAGGACUUGGAUUUCUGACUUGCCUCAGGGGCUCUGAUUAGCAGCCUCUUUCUGCUCCUUCUCACCUGCUCCCUCUUUGGUCCUGGCUCUAAUCCCUCAGCCACAUUCAUACUUACUCCCCUCCCCUGAGCCUAUUCCUCACCCACCUCCCAUCCCAGCCUGAAGCUGAGAUCCGAGCCCCUAGGAUGGAGAAAUGGGGAAGAGCUCUCUAUGGCAGAUUCAUUAAAACUCAAAACAUUUCCCAUAUGGUCGAUUCCUCUUGUCUCUACUUUUAAGUUGGGGUUAGGUUGGUUGGUGAGUUAUCUGAGAAUGGGGGUCCCAAGACUUAUUAAAUGUGUAACUAUAGUUAUUAAGUGUAAAACUGUAGUUGGGAAAUCAGAGCCCCUAA